AUGAGCAACAAACCCUUCAACGAAACCGCCCGGGACCUCAAACUAGACGAGGCCGCCGAAGAAAACGACGACUACAUCUUAUGUGGCGAGCUCCAGAAUGACGAGGGUGAAUGGGUUGCCGCUGAAAUCAAUCUAAUGAAGUCUUUGGGCUGUCUCAAUCGUCUGUUGCAGGAAAGACCCAUGUUGUCCGUGACAAUCCAGCCGGAUUGGAGUGAAGAGCAGGUAGAGGCGUGCGCGGGUUUGAGCGAUGGAAUCACUCUGAUAUGUGGAGUAUCUACGGGAGAUGUCAGUCGUCCUGUUGGAUCUAGAACCUUCAAUUCGUUCUAG